GGCCUGAAUUGAGUCGCUGGAAUUAGCGGAGCAGCCAUGAGAAAUGAGAAUAUCACCUUGGAACAAGAACAGAGCAUGGAAAACAAGUUCCCAUUCUAAAUCAACCGCAGCUAAUCCCCGUCCCUUCUCCCCGCUGCCAUGGCUUCUCUUCCACUCACCCCAUCAUCCACCGCCGUCCCCGCCAACCUCCGCCGUCAACCCUGUUCCCUUCUUCCUCUCUCCUCAAAUUUGAAACCCACCGCCGGUGGCCGAUUCAGAAGAACAAGACCCAACCUAUCUUCUCAACCAAAUGCCGCUGCCGUCGACAAACAAGAAUCAAUCACCGCCACAACCAAUCCCAAGAUCGAUUAUGGAGUCGUCGGAGUUCACCACGUCGGAAUCCUCUGCGACAACCUCGAAACGUCGCUCGAGUUCUACCAGGGGAUGUUGGGUCUUGAGAUAAACGAGGCAAGGCCUCACGACAAGCUUCCGUACAGAGGAGCUUGGUUGUGGGUGGGCGCCGAGAUGAUCCAUCUGAUGGAGCUCCCCAAUCCGGACCCUUUAACCGGACGCCCUGAACAUGGUGGCCGCGACCGCCAUGCUUGCCUCGCCAUUCGAGAUGUCUCCAAGCUCAAAGAGAUCCUCGACGAAGCGGGACAUCCCUACACACUUAGCCGGUCCGGGAGGCCUGCAAUCUUCACUCGCGACCCGGAUGCGAAUGCGCUGGAGUUCACUCAAGUCGAUUGACUCCCUACAGCUUCAGCUCACAAUGGCAUUAAAAUUUUUCAUGCAGUAUCCGAAUAUAUGCAAGAGUAGAUGAAUUACAGCACUGUACAGAGUAACACUUCCCUUCAAAUAUAUGCACCUGUCUUGUUUCCUAUAUCUUUGUGUAUAUGCUGGUUUCUUAUGUUAUGAAUUACAACUUUCUGUAACCAGUUUCGUUUUCUCAAUUCGCUCUGAGUGUACCAUAUGCUGUACAGUACUGCUGACAAACGGCCAUCAUCGACUUCUAAAGG